UGGGUCGUGGCGUGGAGCUAGACAGGUCCCCGGACGGAGGGGGCGGCGAGCAGCUGUUUAGGCCGCAUCUAUGGCAGUAUUGCUUUCCCUCGGGUUCCGAGCCGGAGGUGUAAUGAUGAUUGCAACUCUCUUCCAAGCCCUUUAAACUAACAGGAACCUCUUCACUUCCUGGGCCCGGAGCAUUGGUAGAGGAAUAUUAGGAACCUCUGAAUUCUCUCGCCCAUUCACUUUACAUUAACUGCAGCGAUGGUUCAGCCCCCAAUGUUGCUGCGAAGGAAAGAAUUUUUACCCACUAGCCGGGUAUAAGUGGGAGUAACUUCAAUAGUACCGUUUGAUGAGAGCUUUGGUGGGGACGGACAAUGGUGACAUGAGCCUGGGAGCGGGGAGAAAUGACCCCUUCAGCUGGAGAGGUGGACUCGCAGAGGAGGUGGAUGACAAAGUUCUUCAUGCUGCUUUUAUCCCUUUUGGAGACAUCACAGAUAUCCAGAUUCCUCUUGAUUAUGAAACAGAAAAGCACCGAGGAUUUGCUUUUGUUGAAUUUGAGUUGGCAGAGGAUGCCGCAGCAGCUAUCGACAACAUGAAUGAAUCUGAGCUCUUUGGACGGACUAUUCGUGUCAAUUUGGCAAAACCAAUGAGGAUUAAGGAAGGCUCUUCCAGACCAGUUUGGUCAGAUGAUGACUGGUUGAAGAAGUUUUCUGGGAAGACUCUUGAAGAAAAUAAAGAAGAAGAAGGGUCAGAGCCUCCCAAAGUGGAAACCCAGGAGGGAGAGCCCCCUGUCAAAAAGGCCCGGUCAAACCCUCAGGUGUACAUGGACAUUAAGAUUGGAAACAAGCCAGCUGGCCGCAUCCAAAUGCUCCUGCGUUCAGACGUCGUUCCCAUGACAGCAGAGAAUUUCCGCUGCCUGUGCACCCAUGAGAAGGGCUUUGGCUUCAAGGGGAGCAGCUUCCACCGCAUCAUCCCCCAAUUCAUGUGCCAGGGCGGUGACUUCACCAACCACAACGGCACCGGGGGCAAGUCCAUCUACGGGAAGAAGUUUGAUGAUGAGAACUUUAUCCUCAAACACACAGGACCAGGCCUGCUCUCCAUGGCCAACUCUGGCCCAAACACCAACGGCUCCCAGUUCUUCCUGACGUGUGACAAGACAGAUUGGCUGGAUGGCAAGCACGUGGUGUUUGGGGAGGUGACAGAAGGCCUGGACGUCUUGCGGCAGAUUGAGGCCCAGGGCAGCAAGGAUGGGAAGCCCAAGCAGAAGGUGAUCAUCUCCGACUGUGGGGAGUACGUGUGAGAGGUCAGGCUGUCAGCCCCGGGGAACCGGCACCCGAGGGGUCCUGUUUGCAGCAAGCAGGGCUUUGUGUCCUGGCCCUUCCUCAGGGUCAGUGUGGGGCAGCUCCUCUGCAGGCAGGGCCUGGCCUCGCCCUGCCUCUUCCCCAGGUGUGGCCGUGGGCCUUGGAGUGCACACUGUGUACGGCUGUGCACAGCCUUUGCUGCCAGGGCCCCUCCUGCACCCAACAGUGUGGCUCUUAGACAUUUUCUUCUAAUAAAGUAAAUUCUAGUUUUGGUACAGCUGCUUCCAGGUAGUUCCUGAGAGUUGUGAGAGGUCGCAUCUAAAGCUAAGACAGGUGGGUGAAGGAACAGGGCACAGCUUUUCUUUCCUCCCUUGAGCGAUGAGAUGCCAGGUGGUAUAUUCAGGCAGAUACCCUUGUCAGACCAUUGUCAAGACAGUGGAAAUCAGUGACAGUGGAAGAGUCCCUGUCCUCAGUGCCUCUCUCCCUAACCGUGCUGGCCAGUCCUGCAGCCGCAGCUGUGCUUCUCAGUCUCGAUGAUUCAUUUGUUUGCUCACAUUCAUUCUACAGAUUUUUUUAAGUGGUAUUUUAUAACUUGAAGUGCCUUCUCCAUGCCAGGUACUGUACUUACUUGUCAGGAGACAGGGGGGCGAGCUCCUUAUUUUUGUGAACAGCCCACUCCCUAUUUUUGUGAAUAAAGUUAAUUAGAACGGAGCCACACCCAUCUAUUUACGUAUUGUCUGUGGCUGCUUCCUCACCGCAGUGGCAGAGUUGAGUAAUCAGUGACAGACACCAUGUGGUCCCUGUAUUAGAGUUCUCCAUAGAAACAGAACCAGUAGGAAGCAUGCCUGUAUGUAUAUAUAGGGAGAGAUUUAUUUUACAGAAUUGGCUCUGCAGUUGUGGGGGCUGACAAGUCUAACAUCAGUGGGGCAGGCCUGCAGGCCAGAGCCCCAGGAAAUAGUUGAUGUUGAAGCUUGAGUCCAGAGGCCGUCUGGAGGCAGAAUUCCUCUUCCCUCAGGUGACCGCAGUCUUUCUUAAGGUCUUCAACUGAUUGGAUGAGGCUGACCCACAUUAUAGAGCAUCAGGUGCUUUACUCCAAGUCUCCUGAUUUAAAUGUCCCUCACAUCUGAAAAGUACCUUCACUGCAGCAUUUAGCGUGGUGUUUGGCUAAAAAGUGGAUAUCAUGGCCUAGCCUGUUGACAUAUAAAAUUAACCAACACAGUCCCAAAGCCUAAAAUAUUUACCAUCUGAACCUUUGCAGAAAGUUUGUUGACCACUGAUGAGGCACAUGGUCGCACCCACACUGAGCUCACAGUCUCUCCCUGAGUGUAGCCACUGCCUGGAGCUCAAGUUGGGCUGGCUUCUCUCUGCUCCCCCUCCGUGGACUGGUCGGCCAGGUGGCCUCAGAGGAACCCUGACCUGCUGAAAACUGAGCAGGGACUGAGCCCUUUAGCCACUAAACAGCUUUCUGCGGAUUGGGUCACUCAGAUCAUUGAGAGUCCACUGGGCUGGGCUUUUCUAUCUUGAGUAGAAAUCUGGAUGAGGCAGGAGUGACCUGCUGCCUCCUGGCCCUGGUGACCCAGGAUAGCGCCUGCUGAGGGAUGAUGGCUUCUGGCCAAGCUCUGGCUCCCAUGUGCCAAUGGAUCCGGCCCUCAGCUGAGCUCCCUCUGCUGCAGUUGGCCAGGUUUCUGACUUCUUAUGCCUGGGAUGUACCACAUAGUUACUGUUCCUUAUGGAGCUGCCAAAAGAGACCCUCCCUUGAGGCUUAGGUGCCCCAUGAGCACAGACGGUGGCCUUCACAGAUCAGUCACAUGUGUUAGGGGAGGCUUUAGUGAAGCAGUGAUGUCAGGGCUUACACAAGAGCCAAGACAGGAUGUGUAUGAAGAAUUCAGCACAACCAGCCCCCCAAGAGAGGAUGGACUCGUGGUGAUGACCUUGUCACUUUCUGCUUUUCCCUGAUAGCCUAGGGAGGUGGAGACCAGCGAGCAGGUUGGAAAGCUCAGCAGGUUUGGAGUUAGCGGUGCCAGUGGCCUUCCCAGUGCCACUCUGGGUGUCCACAGGUGUUAUCUCAGUUUCCAUACCAGAACCCUGUACAGAGGUCAGCCCAGGCUCAGGUGACAUGACUGCACAGGUCGCCCAGGACGAUAUGGCAGAGGGAGGUUUGGAAGCUUGGCUGGCUCCCCACAAGUCGUAAUGGAGUCUUGGGAGGUUUCCUGGGCUCUAGCCUCAGUCUACAGCAGGACAGCCCAAGGCCUGGGGCGGGGACAGUCAUGGUCCCCAUAAUUGGUCUGGACCCUUGUUGGGAGACAGAAGAUGGGGCCCUACUCUGCCAGGCAGGAGAGGGGCCCAGAAUCUGGAGAGCAGCGGCCUGGUCACCUAGUCCAGCUACUCACAGCGCAACACUGACCCCUGUUGUUUGGGAGGACUCUGGUCUGUGGGAAGUGAACCCUGGGGCGCUAUGGGGCUUUUGCUGCAGCCUGAAGGGACUGCCUGGCAUCCCAGGCCACGUUCCUGUUGCUCCAGCACCAGGUCUGAGAACCUGGGGCUCGAUUUUGCCACGCAUCCCCCUACUAGCUCCUGCAGGAUCAGCCCCCAUCUGUGUGCUGGCCCUGUGGUGGCCACACAGAGGAAGAGAACUGGGAGUGUGGCCCUGGGGCCAAUGCUGUGGCUGCUGGAGUUUCUCGCAGCCCGUGUGCCUGAGGUGCUGCUGGCAUGAGAAAGAGAUUGUGGGGCCUACUUUUUAAGUGGUGAAAACUGAGUCUUGUAGCGUUCAGGUGAUGGAAAACUAGAGAGCCAUGUUUUCAAAAAAUAUUUAUUAAUGGAAAAUUUCACCAUGUAAUAAAGUGGGAAGAGCACAUCUAAAGCAGUGUAUACAAUGCAGUAUGAUCCUGAUUUUGUGCAAAUACCUACGUAUAACAUGUAAACAUCUGUAUUUUUAUAUGUAUCUUAAGAAAAAAGCCUAGACAUAAAUUCAUCAAAAUAUUAA